AUGGUGCUAUUGAAGGAGGCUUCUGCGGUCACUGAAUCGUCUGCCAGCGGGCGAGCGUGGUUGGUCUACGGGUCGUCGAAGGCUUCCCACAGGGGGGGGGGGGCUGUAGUUAAUUAUGCCCGCGAGUUGCAGGUGUGCCUGCCAGUAUGCGAGUAUAAUGUCGGCAAAGUUGUUGUCGGUGUCCUGCACAUAGUCUGCUCUCGCAACAACACGUCAGCAGCUCAUCGACAACCGCAGUUGGCCCGUUACCAGCCCAUCAGAGCAUGCUCGAGCCAUCGCACACACGACAUCGAUAGAGAUUUGUCGAAGGAGAGCGCCCAAGCAGGUGCGACCAGCUUCUGCGAGCUACCGUUGGACUUCAAGAGCAAAUGCUGGAAAAGAAUUCUUAAGAGGAGCAAAAUCCACCACCCCACCUCCGUCGGCGCGAGCUCGACUAACACCACUAGUCGAAAUCAACCGAGCAGAGGCUCCCUGAACCCAAAUCAACAGGAACAGAGGAGGAGGGCGAGAAGGAGCCACAACCCCCGCCCCGACCAGUCCGACACCAACGUGUUGCAACCGGCCAGCCACACCAAGCCCAGACUGAAAAACCCCUCCAGCGUAACUCCAACCAAGAGAAAGACGGAGCCCCCGCAGAUCCACGGAACAGACUCCCGUUGUCAUCCUCACCUGCAAGCGGCGAGAAGAGGCGCCAAUCGGACCAAAGGCGUGCGGCUAGGGGGGCGACCGCCGCUCCGAUCGAUCUGGGUUUUUUUCGUUCAGCUCUUUACUGUUCAAUUGAUCAGGGUCAGCUUUAGGAGCGUUACUUCGGUGCAUUAUGUAUGCAAGAAGUUGUGGAACAAGAUUUUUCUGGAAUUGACUUGUGAUGCAUUGUCUUUAGAUGAAAUCAGCUCAGGCUUGGCAUCUAGGCAUGAAGGACUUUGUGGAUAUGUUUAUCCCCCUUACAAUUCUGCGGCAUGCUAUGUAUUCUCAUCUAAUGGUUGCAAGGCGAUACAAAAUUGGCUUCCUCCUGCGCCUGCCAGAGAACUAACUGAUGAUGAAAUCGCUUCUCGUGUCGUAAUUAGAGAUAUACUGACAACUCCUCCUGUUAUAUCAACACAGCCCAAAAUUGCAUUCUUGUUUCUGACUCCGGGUGCUUUACCAUUUGAGAGAUUAUGGGAUAAAUUUUUCCAGGGUCAUGAAGGUAAAUUUUCUGUAUACGUGCACGCUUCCAAGGAUAAACCUGUUCAUUUCAGCCGUUACUUUCUCAAUCGGGAAAUUCGCAGUGAUGAGGUAACGUGGGGAAAAAUCUCAAUGGUAAAUGCAGAAAGACGGCUUUUAGGUAAUGCACUUAAAGAUCCAGACAACCAGCAUUUCGUACUACUUUCUGACAGCUGUGUUCCUCUUCGUAAUUUUGAUUAUGUGUACAAUUAUCUCAUGUACACAAACGUCAGCUUUGUAGAUUGCUUUGAGGAUCCUGGUCCACAUGGAAGUGGAAGGUAUAUUGAACAUAUGUUACCUGAAGUUGAGAAGAGAGAUUUUCGAAAGGGUUCACAGUGGUUUACACUGAAGCGGCAGCAUGCUAUUAUAAUAAUGGCUGAUAGUCUCUAUUACUCUAAAUUCAGGGACUAUUGCAAGCCGGGAAUGGAAGGAGGACGCAACUGUUACUCUGAUGAACACUAUCUGCCCACAUUUUUCUAUAUGCUUGAUCCAGCUGGAAUAGCUAAUUGGUCCGUAACACAUGUCGAUUGGUCCGAAAUGAAGUGGCAUCCAAAGUCAUACCAGGCUCAGGAUGUUACAUUAGGACUGAUUAAAAGUAUUACUUCUAUUAGAGAGAGCAUACAUGUUACAAGUGAUGAAAGGAGAGAAAUUCAGAUUAGGCAGUGCCUGUGGAAUGGAAACGAAUGGCCAUGUUACUUAUUCGGCAGGAAAUUUUUGCCUGAAACUCUGGAUAUUUUACUGCAUCUUUUCCCAAAUUACACAUCUAUUUGA